GCAUCACACAGCCAAAAAAAAGGAUUCGAAACAAGAAGCAGAUCUAAAAGAACUCAAGAACACAGCCGAAAGGAGAAGAAAAAAAGAGAUGGAGGAAAAUCCAAGAAAUGAACCAACAUCUGCUCCUCCAGGGGCAGGAAAUAUGACACUCUAUGGGCACACCAUGUUGUAUGAUGAGCACCAAAUGAUGUCAGAUUCUACGAGGAUUGGGCAACAAUGUACCUUCACAGGGUUGAUGCACGAAAUAAUGCAAACUCCAAAAAGUGCUAUAAAUGCUGAUCAAGAUUAUUUGGGCAUGUCCAGAGAUAUCUUACAUACUCCAGCUGGAUUUGAGAACUCAAUGAUAAUGACGAGCAAUAGGUUUCCUGAGAACUAUGAGCAAAUGGGAGGUGAAAUAGAACAAGGAACACAGGCAAUUUGUGAUCAAUGGGCAAGCAAGAAUAUAGAAGAACUAUACAACAUCAACAUGAACAAUCAGCAGGGAUUAUCUUCUAUUAUCAAGACACUUGCCAGUCGAUGGAGCAAAAAAGAUAUAGAUGAACUAUACAACAUCAACAACACGCAUCAGGUUGUAAAUGGCAGCACACCGGAAGUUGAAAACAAUGUCAGCGCAUCGGAAUUGGAAAACAAUGGCACCACAUCGAACAACCAGGAUGAUGAAGACAGUGAGAACCAAAACACCUGGGCAUUUGAAUCAAACAAUGAAACCUCUGAGGGACAAUAAGCUCACACUGAGAACUCGACAAUUGAUCUGGUGGACAAAAUUAGAGCUGAUGAAGAAGAACACAGAGAUCAGGUUGUGGCCACAGAACCCCAGAUGCAGGAAAAUAGCAAUCCAGAGACUGAAAGUAAUCAGUUGAUAACUGAGCAAGAUAUAGACAAUUUUUUGGAAGAAGAUGAAGAGAGCACCCCAACAAUAGAUAGCAAACACAUGCCACAUAUUGGAAUGCAGUUCAAGGAUUACAAUGAGGCUCAUGGGUUUUUUUAACUUUUAUGCUUAUCUGGUUGGGUUCUCAGUUGCUAUUACACACACGUAUAGAACUAUAAGCAAGAAGAGAAACAACGAGAUUACCAGAUACACAUACAAAUGCAAUUUACAUGGCAAGAAUGAGGAUAACAACAAAGACUUAGAGGAGCAGUUUCAGACUGAGAGGCAAACUAAUGUUCUGAUAAGGUCUGACUACAAGCGUGUAAUGGUUGUUAAAGAGACAGUAGAAAAUGGACCGUGGAAGAUUUCGAGGUUAGACCUGACUCACAAUCACCCUCUACGCCCGAAUGAACAAAAAAAAAGUUCCUCCGUUCACACAAGAAUAUGACAGAGGAAGAGAAGAGGCUGAUUAGUGUUAGAAUUUCAAUGGUUACUCUCAUUGAGAAGAGGAUGGCACUAGAGAUGGGGCAAUUUUCUGGUUUUCUUUAUUCACAAAACACAAAGCCAUACCUUCCCGAGGGAGGUUGGAUACAUAUAUAUAUAUAGCCAUAGCUGGCUGGAUGGCUGCUAGCUAAUUGCUGCCCACACUAGUCUAAAAUUUGAACGCGAUGCUGUCCUAGAGAGCAUCCAAACUAAAUAAAGCAUAAAGGAGAUGCUAGAUGCUGUCCUAGGGAAGCUAAAAGCAAAACCGAAAGAUGCUAAAAGCAAAACUGAAAGGAUGCUGUCCUAAAAGGGGAAAAAUAACCUAAAAGCAAGAGAAGGACCACAAGGACCAAAGACCACAAGGCUUAUUCCAUCAUUCUCCCCCUAAGUCUUGUGUGUCGUCUUGUGGGAAAGUUGGGCCAUCCCGAUCCUGGAGCAGAGCUCGAGGAACUUGAUCCUCCCAAGAGGCUUGGUGAGCAAGUCCGCAAGCUGGUCCUUGGUGUUGAUGUAGCUCGCCUUGAUGCUCCCUUCCUCCAAGUAGCUUCGGAUGAAGUGGUACCUCACCCGGAUGUGCUUGCUCCGUUCGUGGAAAACGGGGGUCUUUGCCAGGGCCAGAGCGGACUUGCUGUCCACCCUGAGCUCUACCGCUCCAGUGUCUCUGCCGAGGAGAUCACCAAGCAGUCGAGCAAGCCAGAGCGCCUGGUACUCAGCCUCGCAGCUGGACAGGGCCACCACCUGCUGCUUGACCGACUGCCAGCUAACGAGGCACUCGCCGAGGAAGAAGAGAAUCCCGCUCGUGCUCUUGCUGGUGUCGAUGUCGCCGGCGUGGUCGCUGUCGCUGUACCUGAGGAAGUGUGCUUUGCCAGGACACCUCGAGUAGUAGAGACCGUGGUCGAGAGUCCCCGCAAUGUAGCGGAUGAUCCUCUUCACAGCCUGCUGGUGCUCCGUCGUCGGUCACUGCACGAACCGACUGACGUAGCCGACGGAGAAGGCCAAGUCCGGCCGUGUGUGGGUGAGGUAGCGAAGGCUCCC